CGAGACGUUAAGCAGCGGAAAAGUAGAAAUAUCAGACAGAACGUUAGAAGAUAUAAGAAAUUUUGGAAAAACUGCUUUUGAAGGGGCGCUAGAUAAAGAGCUUAUAAAAACAGCUAAAGAAUUGGAUGUUCGCAUUAAUGAAUUACAAAACGGUUAUUCUUUACGUAAUUUUAUAUAUCGUUUUUUGAACGGCAAUUUCGCAAAUGAAUAUGAAGACGCCAAAAAAAUGUCUUUUCAAGUAAGAUUAGAGGAAAUGCGCAAUAUUGCAAGAAUGAAUAUCGCAAUUUUUGAUAUUUUAAGUAUUGAUAAGAAAGCUAUUGCAAAAGUUAGAAAUACUAUUGAGGAAAUUAGAGAUUCAACAAAUAGCAAUUAUCUGAAUGAAUCUCGAUUAGAAGCCUUGGAAGAUUUUUUGUGGAUUAUGAGUGGUGAACUGCCCGAAUCUUUACCAGUAAUUGGUUCCAUAACUGCGUGA